AUGCCAGACACAAAGGAAGUGCCCGAGGCCUUGAUCCUCGAUCGCGCGAUUAACGACGCGUCUGCCCAGACGCUGCGCGUGGUUCUGAAAUCCAUCUGCGCGAAAAACGACGAAGCCCGUAAAGAUGCCGAGAAUCAACUGCUAGCGAUGACCCACCGAUACCAAGGAGAACUCCGAGGCAAUAAGAGACUAUUUCCACGCUACGCGCUUUGCAUCAAUUGCAAGAAGGAAUUCGAUGUCACGACCAAUACGGAGAAAGCCUGUCGAUAUCAUCCAAGUAUGACUGCGAGACCGCGAUCCAGUAUGCGCAACAAGCUCAUCUAUAAGGAAAAUGAGCCUACUGGUGAAGACCUUUAUGUUGACAUUUGGGAUGAAUUUGACGUGGACACUGAUGAAAUGCGCGAGGAUUUUCCAGAGUGCUUUACAUUUAGCUGCUGUGAUGGAAAUCUCAGAGAUAACCCCCAUGGGUGUGUGAUCGACUGCCAUCAAGAACAGUAUCCUGACGGGAAGCCAUCGAAAAGGCCGAGAGCCCAUUGA